CCAGCCAGCAUCCCAGAGGAACUUUGUCCUGGCUUUUUAUGUGAAGGAAACAAGCCGCUUUCUCAGCCGACGCAGGUUUGUCAACUUUCGACCUCAAACGAUUGUUUUCUGCUGGCAGAAGAUACACGUUUUAUCUUUAAUGAGGUCUGAUAUCUGCGUGGAAACGGAUGAUAUUUGAACCCACCAAAAGCAGCGGAGAGAGGAGGUGGGUGUUGGAUACAAGGCUGUUUGUCUUCCGUUCUUCUUGUUUUAUGCAGCGUUGUUUUGUUUGGAUUAUAGUUAAUAAAGCCGUUAAUAAAGAUUUUUAAAAUCUCAUGAACAUUUUAAGGACGAUCUUUUAACUUUGACCAGAGAGUACUUAAGGAAACUUUACACAAGCUUAGAUCUGGAGAUAGCAUUAGUCAAUGUGAAACAAUGGCAUUGAAAGCCAAAGUAUUGUAUGAUUUUCACGCUGAAAACCCAGGAGAGAUUUCCAUAGCAGAGAAAGAGUUGGUGACUCUGUUCAGUGAGGAGGAGUUGGAGGGCUGGCUGGAGGGGGAAAACAGCAAAGGGGAGGUUGGCCUCUUUCCUGCCUCUUAUGUUGACAUCAUCAGGGACCAAAUCACCUCCAGUGCAAGCAACAAUGGCUAUUCCUCGCCCAAAACCAUAACCCCGUCCCCCAGCCACAGCUCCCAGAGGAGGUUUAAGGUCGGCAGCGGUGGAGGGAGCAGCUUCAACACCAGCCAGGGCAGCGACGAUGACUGGGACGACGACUGGGAUGACGGCUCUCCUGCUCAGUAUGAGCCUCAGGGUUUAGGCACCACCCCUCCCUUGUACCCAGUCACCACCUCGCUGCCGGGUCGGGGGGCCAGCCAGCAGCAGCAGCAACAGCAGGCCAAGAGCUCUGCUACAGUUGGGAGGAACCUCAACAGGUUCUCCACCUUCGUCAAGUCUGGCGGAGAGGCCUUCUUACUCGGGGAGGCGUCUGCUUUUGUCAAAGACGGGGACAGGAUCUGUGUGGUGAUGGGGAAGUAUGGACCAGAGUGGCAGGAGGACCCUUACCCAUUCACAUGCACCAUUGACGACCCCACGAAGCAGACCAAGUUCAAAGGCAUGAAGAGCUACAUGUCUUAUGGCCUCACCCCAACGCACACUAAUGUACAAGUUAACCGCAGGUAUAAACAUUUCGACUGGCUCUACGCUCGGCUCGUCGAGCGCUUCCCUGUGAUCUCGGUACCCCACCUGCCAGAGAAGCAGGCCACGGGCCGCUUUGAGGAGGACUUUAUCUCUAAGAGGAGGAAGGGUCUCAUCUGGUGGAUGAACCACAUGACAAGUCACCCCGUCCUGGCCCACUGUGACGUCUUCCAGCACUUCCUGACCUGCGGGGCCGACGAGAAGGCCUGGAAAAUGGGCAAGAGAAAGGCAGAGAGGGACGACUUGGUCGGCGCAAACUUCUUCCUUACGAUCAGCACGCCAGUCGUCCCCCUGGACCUCCAGGAAGUCGAGAGCAAGAUUGAGGGCUUUAAGAGCUUCACCAAGAAGAUGGACGAGAACAUUGUUGUGGUGAACACGUCCAUCAACGAGUUUGCCCGCAAGCAGAUAACGGGCUUCAAAAAGGAGUACCAGAAGGUCGGGCAGUCCUUCAAGCACCUGGCGCAGGCGUUUGAGCUGGAUCAGCAGGUCUACUCGGCAGGCCUGAACAAAGCCAUCUCCUACACCGGAGAGGCCUACGAGGCCAUAGGGGAGUAUUUUGCAGAGCAGCCGCGGCAGGACCUGGAACCCAUUUCUGAUCUGCUGGACCUCUACAGAGGACAUCUGUCCAAUUUCCCUGACAUCAUCCACGUGCAGAAAGGUGCUCUGACCAAGGUGAAAGAUUGUCCAAAGAAGGAGGGCGAGCUCCACGAUCGCUGCAACAUCAUUUCCUGUGCCACACUAGCAGAAAUCCAGCACUUCCACCGCACGCGUGUGCGGGACUUCCGGAUGCAGAUGCAGCAUCACCUGCGCCAGCAGAUCAGCUUCUUCCAGAAGAUCACCGCCAAGCUAGAGGAUGCCUUGCACAAAUACGACAACGACCAAUAGGACAGAGGUUGAGAGCAAGGAAAGAGGCUGAGAGCGCUAGCCUGAUGGAGAUCGAAUGAAACUUCAGCACAAAAUCAAAGGAUUGAUGAUCAACAUCUUAGCAUUUAAAAGAAAAAGGAAACAAAAAAAAAAAAACCUUGAAGAUGUGAUGGAUUUUCCAUCUGGCAUUCUGGAAGGUGUGCAUCUGCAAAAAUAGCAACUUGUGGGAUAAUCUGGAGAGCUCUGAUGAGUGUACCAGUUCCAGGGAUUUUGUGAACACUCCAUGCAACAUUUAAAGCGGCUCUCGGUGUGCCGGAGCCUGCUGUUUGGAUCAUGCUUUCUGGGUCAUCUCACUGUCUCCUGUUUCUUCCUGAAGGGAUGUGGGUCUAAAUCGACAUAAAACAUGGACAAAAGACUUCCCAAACAGCCUAUGUGGAAAUCUAAGUUAACGUUUGUAAUCAUUAUCCCAUGUGUAGGUUUUACUUGAAUAACCCGCUCAGUAUUGUUGGACUGUGCAGUUUGGAGAAAUUCAAACCAUUUUGUAAAAAUUAAAAUAAAAAAAUAUUAUCUCUUGGACAAUUCAGAUAUUGCAACAGUUUCAAAGUUUUACAAUCUAUUCUGCAUUCCCUUCUUAUUUACUGUGCUGUGAAAAAGUAUUUGCCCCCUUGCAGAGUUCUGCUCUUUUUUUUUCUGCCUUUGUUGCAUUUAAAAGUGUCAAAUCGUUGAACUAACUCUGAAAUCAGACUAAAGGCUGGUGUAGUUGAUAGCAUUGUUGCCUUGCAGCAAGAAGGAAAUUCCAGUUUCUGCCUGGAGUUUAAAGUUAUCCCCUUUCACACUCCUCACCCAAAAACAGGUUUAGAUAAUACCUUUGGUGUACUAGAGUCAAAAUUAGGAUUAUUGUGCAGCCAGUGAUGCUUACUUCCAUGCCACAGGAGGUUAUCUAACCCGAAGCCAGGUUCUGAUCUGAUUAAUAAUGAGCCAGUACUGGUAACUGAGAUAGUGACUAGUCCCUUGCGCUAGUGAUUAGCAUGCUGAGGCUGGUCACCCGCUGAAUCGCCGAUUUCCUUUUGCUGUUUUGCUGUCUAUUAGCAUGGAUAGGCUGCUGUUAGCUUUGGAUAGGCUAGCCUUUAGCUGGAGUGUUUUUUGCGACUCAUUCAGGAAGUCGCAAAAAACCAAGAACAACAUCUAAAACUCUGCAGGCCCAACAUGCUUAAGGAUUUGACAAUUCCAAAAAGAGUUUGCAAAAUGGCGUCAGAGUCCCAAAAGUAAAAACCGUUGUUGGCCAAUAAGUACACAAAGGCUCAUAACAACAUUUGCAAAAAAAAAAAAGCUAAUUGUAAUCCUCCAGACCUUUUGGAAAGUGUUCUGUGGACAGCCUGUGUAAAAAUGGUACAUUUUGGAAGUUGUGUGUCUUUUUGCAGCUAACAUAAAACUAACAGCAUUUCAAAAAGAGAAAAUCACACUAACAUGCAUCCGUAAAUUCUUCUUUCUGGCAGAAAGAAGAAUGUUCAGUUUGUGACCUAAAGAUUAAGUUCACUUGGGUCAGAUGAUAAACUGAGGCACAAAUGUUCACCUCCCUGUAGCUAAAAAAUAUUGAACUUAAUUAAAGGCUAAAUGUCUUUCUUCACCAGGCUGCAAUAGACCUAAGACCAGGUGGGUUUGUUUUUCUUUUUUACUCUAAUAAAGUAAAUCACCAUUUUAAAAAAA